GGGCGGGGCCGGGCGGGCGGCAGCUCCGGUGGCGUCACUCGGGGCAGGGAGCGGAGCGCGAUCGUCGCCGGUACCGGGAGCCGCCGCCACGCCCCGGCCGGGCCCGACGGUCUCCGGAGCCGGCCAGGAUGGCGCAGUGGAACCAGCUGCAGCAGCUCGACACGCGCUACCUGGAGCAGCUCCACCAGCUCUACAGCGACAGCUUCCCCAUGGAGCUGCGGCAGUUCCUGGCCCCGUGGAUUGAGAGCCAGGACUGGGCGUACGCCGCCAACAAGGAGUCGCACGCCACGCUGGUGUUCCACAACCUGCUGGGGGAGAUCGACCAGCAGUACAGCCGCUUCCUGCAGGAGUCCAACGUCCUGUACCAGCACAACCUGCGGCGCAUCAAGCAGUUCCUGCAGAGCAGGUAUCUGGAGAAGCCGAUGGAAAUAGCUCGCAUCGUGGCUCGCUGCCUCUGGGAAGAGUCCCGGCUCCUGCAGACGGCUGCCACCGCAGCCCAGCAAGGAGGGCAGGCGACGCAUCCGACAGCAGCCGUGGUGACAGAAAAGCAGCAGAUGCUGGAGCAGCACCUGCAGGAUGUGAGGAAGAGGGUGCAGGAUCUGGAGCAGAAGAUGAAAGUGGUGGAGAAUCUCCAGGAUGACUUUGAUUUUAACUACAAGACUUUGAAAAGCCAAGGGGACAUGCAGGAUCUGAACGGGAACAAUCAGUCGGUGACGAGGCAGAAGAUGCAGCAGCUGGAGCAGAUGCUCACCGCGCUGGACCAGAUGCGAAGGGGUAUUGUAAGCGAGCUGGCUGGCCUGCUGUCAGCCAUGGAGUACGUGCAGAAGAUGCUGGCAGACGAGGAGCUGGCAGACUGGAAGAGACGGCAGCAAAUUGCUUGCAUCGGUGGCCCACCAAAUAUCUGCUUAGACCGGCUUGAGAACUGGAUAACCUCUCUCGCCGAAUCGCAGCUACAGACCCGGCAGCAGAUCAAGAAGCUGGAAGAGCUGCAACAGAAAGUGUCCUACAAGGGCGACCCCAUCGUCCAGCACCGGCCCAUGCUGGAGGAGCGGAUCGUGGAGCUCUUCAGGAACCUGAUGAAAAGCGCCUUCGUGGUGGAGAGGCAGCCCUGCAUGCCCAUGCAUCCCGACCGGCCCCUGGUCAUCAAAACCGGCGUGCAGUUCACCACCAAAGUCAGGUUGUUGGUGAAGUUUCCGGAGCUGAAUUACCAGCUGAAAAUCAAAGUCUGCAUCGACAAGGACUCUGGUGAUGUCGCAGCACUGCGGGGGUCCCGGAAGUUUAACAUCCUGGGGACAAACACCAAGGUCAUGAACAUGGAGGAGUCCAACAACGGCAGCCUCUCGGCGGAGUUCAAGCACCUGACCCUGCGGGAGCAGCGGUGCGGGAACGGAGGCAGAGCCAACUGCGAUGCCUCGCUGAUUGUGACCGAGGAGCUGCACCUCAUCACCUUCGAGACGGAGGUGUAUCACCAGGGGCUGAAGAUCGACCUGGAGACCCACUCGCUGCCCGUGGUGGUCAUCUCGAACAUCUGCCAGAUGCCCAACGCCUGGGCGUCCAUCCUGUGGUACAACAUGCUGACCAACAACCCCAAGAACGUCAACUUCUUCACCAAGCCCCCCAUCGGGACGUGGGACCAGGUGGCGGAGGUGCUGAGCUGGCAGUUCUCCUCCACCACCAAGCGAGGCCUCAGCAUCGAGCAGCUGACGACGCUGGCAGAAAAACUUCUCGGGCCAGGUGUGAAUUACUCGGGCUGUCAGAUCACCUGGGCCAAGUUCUGCAAGGAGAACAUGGCUGGGAAAGGCUUCUCGUUUUGGGUCUGGCUGGACAACAUCAUUGACCUGGUGAAGAAAUACAUCCUGGCGCUGUGGAACGAAGGGUACAUCAUGGGCUUCAUCAGCAAGGAGCGGGAGCGAGCCAUCCUGAGCACCAAGCCUCCGGGCACCUUCCUGCUGCGCUUCAGCGAGAGCAGCAAGGAGGGCGGCAUCACCUUCACCUGGGUGGAGAAGGACAUCAGCGGGAAAACCCAGAUCCAGUCCGUGGAGCCUUACACCAAGCAGCAGCUGAACAGCAUGUCGUUCGCCGAGAUCAUCAUGGGCUACAAGAUCAUGGACGCCACCAACAUCCUGGUGUCCCCCCUGGUGUACCUGUACCCGGACAUCCCCAAGGAGGAGGCGUUCGGGAAGUACUGCCGCUCCGAGAGCCAGGAGCACUCGGAAGCUACCGACUCAGGUAGUGCUGCUCCCUAUCUAAAGACCAAGUUCAUCUGUGUCACCCCCACCUCCUUCAGCAACACCAUCGACCUGCCCAUGUCCCCGCGCACCCUGGACUCGCUCAUGCAGUUCGGCAACAGCAGCGAGGGAGCCGAGGCCAACGCGGGCGGCCAGUUCGAGUCGCUGACCUUCGACAUGGAGCUGACCCCGGAGUGCGCUUCUUCACCGAUGUGACGUGCUGCCCCCUGCUCGCGGGGCCCCCCCGGCUCGGGCUGCCCGGCUCCCCGUCGUCCCCCGGUCUCGCCCCGUUAGGUCUCGUCUGCUCUGGGCCUUUUCUCGGGAGGAGCUGGGGGCCGUGAUCCCUGCCACCGCCUCCUCCUUUGACCCGCCCGAACACCCCCCUCUCGGCGGUGGUGCUGGUUGUUGUCUCUUUUGGGGGGGGGGGGGCGAGGGGGGGGUCGAACCUUUUUCUAUUUCCUUCCGUACCAGGUUUUUUUUUUUUUUUUUUAUCCUUGUUUUGCUCAUUCAAGUGCCUCUCAGCCUCCAAUCGCAGCCUCGGUUCUUACCAACGCUUCCGCAGCCCCUGCCGUGCUGCUGAACGCUGCUCCCCCGACCACCGGCGCCCAAAACCCCGCGGCCGUCCUGCGAGCCUGGAUUCUCCUCCGCGGGGCUGAGAAGGGCACCAGCCAGCCCUAAUCUCCUCCGGGGGGGGUCACCCGCUGUGCCACGGGUCCCCCCCAGCAGCCCCCCGGGAGCUGGCGGAGGGGGCUCACCUCUGCGCCUCCCGCUGGCCCCAGGACCCGCGAGCGGCUCCGCGCUGAGCCCAGUUGUCCGUCCCCGUCCUCGGGGGCUCUGCCGGGAGCAGGGAGCUUCGGUAGCUGCCCGUGCUGGCCGCUGCCCUCCUGCCGCGGGCAGAAAGACGCGGUGAGAUGCGGCAGCCCCGGGCACGGCCGCUUUCCCUGCUGGGCAGAGCCCCCUGGGGAACGGGGGCGAAGUGUCCCAGCACCGGCGCGUGCCCGUGUGCGCGCAGCGAUUGCAUCUCGGGUCUCUUUUGGGACCAGCGGUGCGUGGUCGGGCUCGGCCCUCUCCCCUCCGACAUGGCUCGUGGUGGCCCGGGCAGGGGGCUUGCAGCUCCUCGGGGGCUUCGUGGCUGUGGCUGUGAUGCUAGGAGGUGGCGAGGGUUGGAGGGAGCGGGGCGGAUGAAGGGGAGGAGGCUGCUGGGGGCCGUAGGAAGGUGAUGCUGCAGCUCCAGGAGGGUUGGAGAAGCUGCUCUGUGCUCCCCCGGCCCGGGGCAGCCCUCCUGCCCUUCCCGUGCACAGGCUUUUGGGUUCAGCCCCGGUCUGAACGAGAUGCUGGUGGGCAAGGGGAUGCGGGGAGAGGCAGCGUGAGAGUAGCUGGGAGCCCCUUUUGGUACCGGGGGCUGUGGGGUGGCACGGGGGUGCGUGCACUUCGGGGCAGAGCGGUGGGACCCAGAGGUGCUGGUACCAGCAGAGACGUCUUAGUGGGGGCAGCAGCACGGGGGUGUGCAGGUCUUGGUUCUGGGGGGGGGAGAGAUGCUCAGCUGUCCGUACCCGUGACGCUGUGGGGCAGGGGGGCUCUGCCUGGUGGCUUCGGGGCACGGCUCUGGCUUUUCUACCCAUAGUAGCGCCGGGGUGCCCGCACUGCCCUCCUGCCCCCCUGGGCUGUGCUGCUCGGGAUCAGGCAGGGAGCCAGAGGGCAGUGUCGUGGGCAGGGCAGGAUCCGUCCCGUGCCCCGGGAAAGGGGGAAGAGGGCUGCAGAGUUGGUCGUGGCCCCCCUUGGGGCCAGGACGGUGGCCCUUUGGAGUCGGUAGGUGCUCAGAGGGGACGAGGGGGGAUGCGCGUUGCUUGUCCCCGUGCUGGCGCGUAGCUGCCUCCAGCUGCAGUCACCGUAGCCCUGGGCAACUUUCAAUACUGUAAAAAAUUUUAUUUUUUUGUAUAUUGUAUUGCUGUAUCUACAGGCUUUAACUUUCUCCAAAAUAAAAGGCUCUGAAGCG